AUGUCCGACGUCCCACCAACCGAGUCCAAUCUCAAUCCAGAAGAACCUAAAGAACCACAACAGUCUCCUCAGCAACCUCAGUUCCAGCAAGUACCUCCGAAUUUCUACCAAUUCCAAUCUCAAUCCAAAUCGAAGAGAGACCAAGAGUUCGAAGAAGGUCUGAACCGCUUACGCAAAGAGUAUGCUACAGCUCCAAUUGAGAGAAAGUUGUUGCUAAAUUCAGUAAAAAUACUUUUAGGGUAG